AUGGUUUCAAACAAUGCUGUUCCGAUGAAGUUAGAAAGUUCUGACAGAAGAUAUGUAGUUGUCAGAACGUCAGAAGCUCAUAUGCAAGAUACAGAAUAUUUUGACGACUUAGCAGAAACUUUGACAUCUGACUUUUACAACCACUUGUUCUCAUAUUUUAUGACAUUAGAUAUUUCUAAGUUCAAUCCAAGACAAAUUCCACAUACCGAAGAGAGACAAACAUUGUUAGAAGCAAACAAGAGUGUUUAUGAACUGUUCAUAGAUGAAACUGACUUUGUGUCAUUAGAUGAAAGGUCAUUGUACGAUUCGUAUAAACAAUAUUGUCAAGAAUAUGGUUAUAUGACAGCUUCUAAACGAACAUUCUUGGCAAAUGUCAAAAGUCUUUUAGAUGUUCAGAAUGGUGUAUAUACAAAGAAAAAUUUUUAUGAGUAA